UAUAUGCUUCCAAAAGCAUUAGCUUGGACCAACAGCCAAAGAACAAUUAAAAACAAUAGUGAGUCUAUAUAUAAUAGAAGAGAACACGAACAAAGGGGGACGGAAAAAUUUUGAAACAGAGAAGAAUCGAGGAUAACAAAAAUUUCAAACAGAAACAACUCAAGCAGAAGGCAAAAGAAGAGGCCAAAGUAGUGCAGCGUCUUCCUCCGAGGCUUGUUAAGGUGAGAAAAAUAAAAGAGGGAACAAGAAGUUGACAAUAGCGGAAUGGUGGUCUCCAGUACAAGUUCCCACAACAAGGAGAUAGCCAUCAGGAGGAGGAUUGCUAGCAUAUUUAAUAAACGUGAAGAUGAUUUCCCAUCCUUGAGAGAAUACAAUGAUUACUUGGAGGAAGUAGAGGACAUGACAUUUAAUUUGGUUGAAGGAAUAGAUGUUUCUGCUAUUGAAGAAAGAAUUGCUAAAUACCAGGAAGAAAAUUCAGAACAAAUAACGAUUAAUCGAGCUCGAAAGGCUGAAGAAUUAGCUGCUGCUCUGGCAGCAAGUAAGGGACAACCUGCACAAACUGAUAAUGAUGCGGCAGCAAGCCUGAACUCUCAAGCAGGAUUUGGUGCUGUUCCUCAGGGACAAUAUGCCCCUACAUUUGGAGGACAGCCAAGGCCCACUGGCAUGAUGGGCCCACAGCCUUUACCACUUGGAGGGGGCGACAUGCUGGGCUUUGCAGGUGAAGAUGAGGAAACAAAGAGGAUACGAGCUGAGAGAGGAGCAAGGGCUGGAGGAUGGAGUCCGGAAAUAAGUAGGAAACGGGCACUUGAAGAAGCCUUUGGAAGCGUCUGGGUUUUUUGAAGACAAUAUUCAUGCAAUUGUAAUUAGUCUUUAGCUGAUUUCUUAAGUCCAGUGUCUCAAGCUUUUUUUGGAUGUUCCGAUGUAAAUGGUUUAGAAUACAUUUUUGGUUGAAUUAUUAUUGCAAGAGUCUUUGGCUUAUCUUUUUAAAUUA